CAGCGCGGGGGUCCCUGCCGGCCAUGCGCCCCCCGGGCCGGCCGGGGGGGCCGCCGGGGGACGGGGGGCUCCGCUGAGCCCCAGCCAUGGAGCCGCGCCGCUGGCCGCUGCUCUGGGGCGUCCGCGCGGUGCUGGUGCACGUCACGGUGCUCACGGCGGGGCAGCGCCCGCAGGAGAGACCCCCGCGGCCGCCAGGAUGGUCGCCGGGCCCCUCAUCCUCGUGGGCGCCCACCCUGGAGCCGGGAGCGCCGGGGGACGCCGAGGGCUCGGCGGCAGCGCUGGCGUUCCUGCGCACGGGGGAUGCCCAGCGCCUGGCCCGGGCCAACUGCAGCGGGGGGGUCGCGGCGGGACCCCCCGGCCCGGGGCCCCCCCCGGCCCUGCGAGCCGCCCUCCGGGCCGCCCCUGAGGCGCUGGCACACACCGCCAACUUCCUCAACAUGCUCUUCCAGACCAACGACAUCCGCGAGGCCAGCGUGGCCGAGGACGUGGAGUGGUACCAGGCGCUGGUCCGCAGCCUGGCCGAGGGGCACCCGUGGGUGCGCCGGGCGGUGCUGGCCCUCGACGCCCACCCGCUGGCCCCCAAGCCCCGGCUGAUGCUCCAGGCCACCAAGGGGGACGGGCAGAUCCUACUGCAGGACGUCUCGGCCUCCGCCCCCAGCCUGGGCAACCUCAGCUGGGACAACGAGUGGUUCAACGCCCUCAAGUCCCAGCGGACCCCCCAGCUCCGCAAGCGCGUGCUCAGCAACGACCUGCGCAGCAUGGAGACCCCCAAGUGGCAGCGGGGGGACAGCUACGUGGGCGACCCGGGCCACGUGAGGUGGUCGCCGCCGUUCCUGGAGUGCCGGGAGGGCCGGUUCCUGCCCGCCUGGGCGGUCACGCUCUCCUCCGCCUUCUACGGGCUCAAGCCAGACCUCAGCCCCGAGUUCAAGGGUGUGGUGCGGGUGGAUGUGGAGCUGCGGGAUGUGGCCAUCGACCAGUGCGCCAGCGGGCCGGGCUGGUUCUCUGACACACAUCGCUGUGACCUCAACAGCACCCAGUGUGUGCCCCAGGAGAGCCGUGGCUUCGUCCUCGGGAGGUACCUGUGCCGGUGCAGGCCGGGCUUUUACGGGGCCGGCGGAGUGGCCAGCGGUGCCUGGGCAGGGCCGGACGGGGGGUCCCGCCUGGCGUGCUGGCCCUGCCGCCCGGGCUGUGCCACCUGUGAGGAUGACAAGCCGUGCCUGAUCCAGGAGGACCCGGUGCUGCGGGCGGCCGUGCUGUCGUGCCAGGCCUGCUGCAUGCUGGCCAUCUUCCUCAGCAUGCUCGUCUCCUACCACUUCAGACGGAGCAAGAGGAUCCGGGCAUCGGGAAUCAUCCUCCUGGAGACCAUCCUCUUUGGAUCCCUCCUCCUCUACUUCCCCGUGUUCAUCCUGUACUUCAAGCCGAGCAUCUUCCGCUGCAUCGUCCUGCGCUGGGUGCGGAUGCUCGGCUUCGCCACCGUCUACGGCACCAUCACCCUCAAGCUGUACAGGGUGCUGAAGGUGUUCCUGUCCCGCUCGGCCCAGCGGGCGCCCUACGUGUCGAGCGGGCGGGUGCUGAAGAUGCUGGCGCCCAUCCUGCUCCUGGUGCUGUGGUUCCUGGCAGCCUGGACCAUCGGGAUGCUGGAGAACAUCAACAAGAACAUCCCGCUGGUGAUCCGCACCCAGACCACCCACGGGCUCCACUUCUACAUCUGCGGCCACGACUGCUGGGACUACAUGAUGGUCAUUGCCGAGAUGCUGUUCCUGCUGUGGGGCAGCUUCCUGUGCUACGCCACCCGGGCCGUGCCCUCCGCCUUCCACGAGCCCCGGUACAUGGGCAUCGCCCUCCACAACGAGCUCAUGAUCUCCACUGCCUUCCACGUGGUCAGGUUCAUCAUCAUCCCCUCCCUGCAUCCUGACUGGACUCUGCUCCUCUUCUUCGCUCACACCCACGGCACCGUCACCAUGACCCUGGCCCUGCUCUUUAUCCCCAAGUUCCUGCACAGGGGCUCUCCGCUGCGGGAGGAGAUCACGGCCGAGGUGUACGAGGACGAGCUGGACAUGCGGCGCUCGGGCUCCUGCCUGAACAGCAGCAUCGCGUCCGCCUGGAGCGAGCACAGUCUCGACCCCGAUGACAUUCGGGAGGAGCUGAAGAAGCUCUACCGGCAGCUGGAGGUGCACAAGACGUGGCGGAUGGCGACCAACAACCCCCACCUGCCCAGGAAGCGCAGCUCCCGCCGCAGCCUCGCCCGCUCCAUCCUGCGCCGCGGGGCCGAGCCGCCCGAGGCCCCGUCCCGCCGGAGCAGCGCCGGGGACCGCGGGAGCAUCCCGGGCCGCCGCGGCUCCUCCGCCAGGCGCCCGCCGGACACCGGCGGCACCGGCGCGAGGAUGAGGGACGAGGGAGCCCGGCGCCGCUCCUCGGCCCUGCGCAAGUCCCGCAGCUCCGAGGGGCCCCCCCGAGGGUCGCCCAGCCCCGGCACCCUCCCCCCCGAGGAGCCCUCGCCGGGGAGGGAGGAGAUGGAGGUGACCUUGGAGCAAUCCGACAGCGACUCCCUGGACGCCGCCCCGCUCGUGUGCAAGUCGGCCAGCGCCCAAAACCUGUCGGGGCACUGGCAGAGACCCCCGGCCCGGGCGCCCGCCCUGCAGAAGUCACACAGCGUCGUCACCGGGGCGCGGGAGGAGGCCCUGCUGGCGGCCAGCAGAGCCGCCCGGGAGGGGUGGCACAGCAGCAGGCAGCUCUCAGCCCCGGCCUCGAGGCACCCUCCCGGCCGUGCCCCUCCCAGGGACGCCGGGAAGGCCAAAAUCCCCGCCAAGAGCUGCUCCCAGGAGGACGCGUCCCCCCUGGGCGAUGCCAAGGCGCAGAAACACGUCACCUACGCGCCCACCAAGAGCGUCAGCAUCGACAGCGCCCACCCGCCCAGGAAGGUGCGAGUGGCCGUGAGGAAAACGCCCCCCGUGCCCCCCGUCCGCUACGAGAGCCUGGGGAGGCACUCGGGGCCCGCUGGGGACUCCCUGGAGCCGGCGGAGCCACCGCGGGACCCCCCGGCACCGGCGGGAGAGGCGGAGGGGACACCGGAGGGGACACCAGAGGGACACCCGGGGCGCUCGUCCCCUAGCGCGGGGAAGGGCGGGCUGCUGAGCCCACCCCCCAUCUCGGCACAGGUCUGUCCCUGGGAGCUGAUCCAGGACGAGAUCCUGAGCAGGAAACAAAAAGCCGCCGAGGCAGCAGAGUCAGGAAUCCCCGGUGACACGGAGACCACCGGCCCCGAGCCCAAACCGGCCCCCGCCAAGACCUUCCGGAGCCUGGGCCUGGCCAUCAAAGCCCUGAACCGCUCCCGGGGCAAGAGCAUCCUCAGAGGGAGGAGGGAGAGCGAGGGGAGCUUCAGGAAGAGGGGGAGCAGCAGGAGGGAGAAGUCCAGUCUGGCCGAGGCUUCGGCCACGUCCCUCGGGGGCACCGGCCCGGACCCCGCUGCCAAAAGCCCCGAGGGGGGCAGGCAGAGGCCAGAGCCCCCCAGCCGUGGGUACACGGUGCCCUGCCAGCACAACAACAACGCUGCCACCCCCGGGGAAGCCACGGGCUGGGGGGACAGCGGGACAGAAGGACAAUGGGACAGUCUGGUGCCAGGGACAGCUGGUGGGGACGAAGUGGCAGAGCAGCCCGGUGGGAAAACACAGGUGGAGCCCCAGGAAGGGGACGGGGCUCCUGGGGUGGAUCCAGGGAAGGACGUUCCUGCAGUGGAUCCAGGGAAGGAUGUUCCUGCAGUGGAUCCAGGGAAGGACGUUCCUGCAGUGGAUCCAGGGAAGGACGUUCCUGCAGUGGAUCCAGGGAAGGAUGUUCCUGCAGUGGAUCCAGGGAAGGAUGCUCCUGCAGUGGAUCGAGGGAAGGAUGCUCCUGCAGUCAUGCUGGAGGAAGGAACAGCCAAAGGGCUCCAGGGGAUGAAUGGAUCCAUCCAGCCCCAGGAGCACACGGAGGAGGAGCAGCCACCUGCAAAGCCCACCCCAAGCAGCCCCCAGCCCUCCACCACCAGCGUGCAGGGAGAGGCCAGGGGGAAGCCAAGGACUGGGGUUUUUCCCCCAGGAUCCCUUGGAAUCCCAGCGGGAAGGGGAGCUCUGCUGCGCCAAGAGGCCGUUGCUUCCCGGGAGGACGGGGGGCUCCCGGUGGGUGAGGAGAGCCCGGCAAAGGCACUGGGAAAGGGGAGCAGCCAGGAUGAGCCCCUCGGUCCUGGGGGGAGCCAGGACACCGACAGAGCUCGGGAUGCAGCGGGGAAAGCUGGGACUGUGCCCAAACCUUCAUCCCAGCAAGCUGGGUCCGUGGACAGCAAAAAGGCCACCAUCUGUCCGUGGGAAGUGGAGGAUGAGCCACGUCCUAGAACAGAAAUCUGCCCCUGGGAAGAGGCUGCAGCUCCAGCAGGGAAGGAGGGAUUGAGGCAGGACACCUCCAAAAGGGAAGGCAAGCCAGGAUCCAGAGGAGUGGGAGAUACCAAAGCAAAGCUGGCAGGGACGGGCGGCCGUCGGGAACAGCACAGGGACACCGGGAUCUUCACAGAGCUCGUCAGGAAAAGCCUGGAAAAAGCUGAGUCCAAGAAAUCCCAGAGUAUGGAGAGCAUAAAGGAGGAGAUCUGUCCUUGGGAGAGCCUGGGCACCGAGAAAGCCCUGGGACAACCCCCUGCCAGGAGCACAGCACUGCCCAAAUCACCUUCGGGGAAAUCCCAGAGCACGGAGAGCCUGAAGGCAGAGAUCUGUCCUUGGGAGGCUCAGGAGCCCAAAUCCAGUGAAAUCUGUCCCUGGGAGGGGGCUGAACCUCCAUCAGGUAAAGAGAAACUCAGACCAUCCACUGUGAGCAAAAGCCCUUCUGCAAGUCAGGAUCUCCUGAAAGAAACUGGAGUUGGUGCAUCCGGAAAGGAGGAGAAAGCAAAGAGAGACCAUGAGUCCAUCUGUCCCUGGGAGAGCACAGACACGGAGCAGCCACUGCCCAAACUCCACACUGGGAGCACAGAGCCAUCAAAGAAAUCAGCAGAGAUCUGUCCUUGGGAGGAUCAGGAGGUCAAAUCCAGUGACAAAGCUGAGAUCUGUCCCUGGGAGAGCAUGGAGCAGCCCCUGGGCAAAGCCCGUGCAGGGAGCACAGAGCCUUCCAAGAAAUCCCAGAGCACAGAGAGCCUGAAGGCAGAGAUCUGUCCUUGGGAGGAUCAGGAGCCCAAAUCCAGUGACAAAGCUGAAAUUUGUCCCUGGGAGGGGGCUGAACUUCAGCUGGAAAAAGGAACAGCCCCAGGGAAGGACAGAGUCCCACCAAAGUCCUCCAAACCUGUGGAGAAGGGGAGCAGAGACCGUGAGUCCGUCUGUCCCUGGGAGAGCACGGACAUCGAGCAGUCCCCAGGCAAAGCCCGUGCAGGGAGCACAGAACCUUCCAAGAAAUCCCAGAGCAAGGAAAGCCUAAAGGCAGAGAUCUGUCCUUGGGAGGGUCAGGAGCCCAAAUCCAGUGACAAAGCUGAAAUCUGUCCCUGGGAGAGCACAGACACGGAGCAGCCACAGGCCAAACCCUGUGCAGGGAGCACAGCACUGCCCAAAUCACCUUCCAAGAAAUCCCAGAGCACAGAGAGCCUGAAGGCAGAGAUCUGUCCUUGGGAGGAUCAGGAGCCCAAAUCCAGUGACAAAGCUGAAAUCUGUCCCUGGGAAGGGGCUGAACCUCCCUCCCAGCAGCCAAAGGCACAGCAGGUUUCCCAGGGGGGCUCCAGGGGGGACAAGCGCAUCACGCGCCAGGCAGCGCUGGCCAGCCCGGAGAGAUCCCCAGGGAAGGGCAGCAGGGACAGGGAGGCUGUGUGUCCCUGGGAGAGCCUGGGCACACAGGAACCCUCGGGAACAUCCCAUGUCGUGGGCACAGGGCUGCCCAAAUCACCUUCGGGGAAAUCCCAGAGCACAGAGAGCCUGAAGGCAGAGAUCUGUCCUUGGGAGGAUCAGGAGCCCAAAUCCAGUGACAAAGCUGAAAUCUGUCCCUGGGAAGUAGCUGCACCUCAGCUGGACAAAGGAGCAGCCCCAGGGAAGGACAGAGUCCCACCAAAGUCCUCCAAACCUGUGGAGAAGGGGAGCAGAGACCGUGAGUCCGUCUGUCCCUGGGAGAGCACAGACACAGAGCAACCCCUGGGCAAACCCCGUGCAGGGAGGACAGAGCCUUCCAAGAAAUCCCAGAGCAAGGAAAGCCUGAAAGCAGAGAUCUGUCCCUGGGAGGACCAGGAGCCCAAAUCCAUUGACAAAGCAGAGAUCUGUCCCUGGGAGGGGGCUGAACCUCAGCUGGAGAAAGGAACAGCCCCAGGGAAGGACAGAGUCCCACCAAAGUCCUCCAAACCUGUGGAGAAGAGGAGCAGAGACCGUGAGUCCGUCUGUCCCUGGGAGAGCACGGACACGGAGGAUCUCUCCCUGAAAACUGCAAUGGAGAAGGAGCCAUCCAAGAAAUCCGACAGCACGGAGAGCAGGAAAUCUGAAAUCUGCCCCUGGGAAACAGCAGAGCCCAUGGGGUUGGAAAAGGAAAGCUCCAAAGCAGGUGUGCACCCACGGGGAGCUGACAGAACAUCCCACCCCGGGAUGGGAAAGCCAAAGCCGGUGGCAGGAGCUGGUGUUGGGUCUCCAACAGCCCUGCUGGAAAAAUCCAAGGGCAGCUCUGAUGGGGAGGCCAAACACAAGCCCCUGUGCCGGCUCCCGCCCAGCAUCCAGCCCCCAGGGAUGGGCAGCAGCUCCAGGCCUGGCACUGGCCUGGCUGAGGUUUGUCCCUGGGAAGCAGAAGAGGCUCCAUCAGCACCUGCCAAGCCCAGCACAGACACAAGGAAAAGCUCGGAGGUGUGUCCCUGGGAGGAGGAGAGGGUGGAUCCCACCCCGACCCACCAGGGCCAGGGCAGAGCCAGAGGGACCCCCCGGGAUGGAGAGGGGGGUGAGAGGGACACCCAGCCCGAGGUGUGCCCGUGGGAUCACCAGUAGCCCCACCCAUAAAUCCCAGUGCAGACGUGGCUUUUGGGGAGGGAAAGGCUGGGGCUGGAGGCUGCUCCCACCUGCAGAGCCCCUGUGCUUGGCCCGAGGUCUUUGCUGGUCCAACACCAACGUCAGGACGUGUAAAUACAGCAAAUAAAGGGUGUUGUUACAGA